CCUGUUAUCAUUAUAAAUAUUGUUGAAAGGUAAGGCUGCUCCUCUUGUGGUAGUCGUGUCAUUUCUCUCGCUUCAGAAGUCCUUUUCGUCUUUACCGCUGGGAUGUCAAUCAUACAUAAAACAUAACGAUCAUGAUUAAAAGCUCAAACUACUGUGUCCUUCAUUAAUACAGAAAAUCAAUGACGCUGCAAAAGUAAGAAACAACAUGGGCAAUCACAACACCACGUCAUCCUCUGCUAUUGGCGGCGCGGGCGCCUCCUCUUCCGCCAGUUCGCCUCUUCCCGCCUACGACGUUCAGCUGCAGCACGAACUCUCCAAAAUCCACGAUCCC